AUGGGGACUUUUGUGUACAAUGUCACUGAUGGUAAAGGCUGGUGUUUUACGGGCUAUUGUAAUGAAUCAUGUAAAAUUGAGAAGCACUAUUUUCAAUGUCCCACCACAACCACCACAACCACUACAACCACUCCAACCAUUACAACCACUAUAGCUACAACCCCAUCUAUGGACUGCAUCUAUGAAAAUCAAACAAGGAAGCACGGUGAGACCUGGGUGAUUGAUAAGUGCACGAAUGGUACCUGUGUUAAUAACACAGUAAAAGAGACACCAUACGUCUGUCCACCUGUGCAGCCCGUCAUAUGCACCAAUGGACGUCAGCCUCAAAAGGUCUAUGAUGAAAGCGGCUGCUGCUACCAACUCCAGUGUGUCUGUGUGUGCAGUGUCUGGUAUAAGAAACACUACAUAACACUUGACGGAAAAGGCUACACUUUCCACGAUGACUGUGAUUACUACCUGGUCAAAGAGAUCAAUGUCCAAGUCAACCUGACGAUUAUAUUGAAGAAUACUAUCUGUGAUCCAUUCUACCCCUAUUACUGUCCCCAGAGCCUGGUACACGUAGAUGGAAGCCGUGUUUAUCCUUCUGUCAGCUUUCCUGGUGUUUUCAUAAUAAGCACUGGUUUUGAGAUCAAAGUGAUUGUACUAGAAGUUGGGCUGGUAGUUGUCUACCGAUCAAACUCAUUCUGUAUUCACCUUAGCAAUGCGCUGUAUUCGGGCAAUACGGAGGGACAGUGUGGGACCUGUGACAACACCAAGCCCAAUGACUGCCGUACUCCAGACGGGAUGGUAGGAAACUGCACACAAUCUGCACCCUCCUGGUUGGUCCCUGGUUCAUGUGAAGUCACCACAACUCCUCCUCCAACCACAACAUCAGUGAGCACCACAACAGUCUCAACAACAACGUCGACGACGACACAGACCACCACCACUAAAAGAACAACAAUAAAGCCUGUCUGCACAGCGCCGCUCUGUGAUCUCCUGUGGUCAGAUUUAUUUGAGAGGUGCCGUCUUAUAAUACCAGUGGAUCUAUUCUUUAACGCCUGUCGGACAGACUUUUGUGAAGGCAAUAUAACAUGCGCUCACCUGGAGGCCUAUGCUGCUGAUUGUGCUGAUGAAGGAGAAUGUGUUGAAUGGAGGGAUGCUACUGAUGGGCAGUGUGACUACGAGUGUCCAGACCACAAAGUGUACAAGGCCUGUGGCCCCCCUGCUGAGCCCACAUGCAAUCACAAAUACAACGACAAAUACGUCGUAGGUUCUGCUGUGUCCUCUGGUUUCCCGCAGGAGGGUUGCUUCUGUCCUGAAAACACCACCCUAUUUAACCAAGUCUACCCCAAAUGUGUCGAAUCUUGCGAAUGUGUCGGACCCGAUGGGAGUCCAACAAUGCCGGGUGAUACGUGGACAGUUGGCUGUAAAAACUGCACCUGCGACAAAGACUCCUUUGCCGUCGUUUGCGAGGAUAUUCCUUGUGCACCGAUGACGACACCAAACUGCAGCGAGCCUGGCCAAAAGGUUGUCAACAAGCUGGACGGCUGCUGCCCCAAACAAGUUUGUGAAUGUGAUGUUGAUCUGUGCCCCACUCCACUGAAGUGUGAGCCGGGAUUCCUACUUUCCCACCACAACGGCACCUGCUGCUUCACCUUCACAUGUGAACCAGACGAUGUGUGUGUCUAUGAAGGUACUGUGUACAUGCCUGGUACCAAAAUACCAACACCAGGACCAUCAGGAACAACAACACCUCCACCUGGACAAUCAACAACAGCUGCUGGACCUGGACCAUCAACAACAGCUGCUGGACCUGGACCAUCAACAACAGCUGCUGGACCUGGACCCUCAUCAACAGCUGCUGGACCUGGACCAUCAACAACACUGCUGGACCUGGACUAUCAACAACAGUUGCUGGACCUGGAAAAUCAACAACAGUUGCUGGACCUGGACCAUCAACAACAGCUGCUGGACCUGGACCAUCAACAACAGUUGCUGGACCUGGACUAUCAACAACAGUUGCUGGACCUGGACUAUCAACAACUGUUGCUGGACCUGGUACAUCUGCUAAGCCUGGAGGAGGACCACCUGGUACAUCAGCUGAGCCUGGAGGAGGACCACCUGGUACAUCAGCUAAGCCUGGAGGAGGACCACCUGGUACAUCUGCUAAGCCUGGAGGAGGACCACCAGGACAGACCACUACCCCUGGACAAGGACCACCUGGUUCAUCUGCUAAGCCUGGAGGAGGACCACCAGGACAGACCACUACCCCUGGAGGAGGACCACCUGGUACAUCUGCUAAGCCUGGAGGAGGACCACCAGGACAGACCACUACCCCUGGGCAAGGACCACCUGGUACAUCUGCUCAGCCUGGAGGAGGACCACCUGGUACAUCAGCUAAGCCUGGAGGAGGACCACCUGGUACAUCUGCUAAGCCUGGAGGAGGACCACCAGGACAGACCACUACCCCUGGACAAGGACCACCUGGUACAUCUGCCAAGCCUGGAGGAGGACCACCAGGACAGACCACUACCCCUGGACAAGGACCACCUGGUACAUCUGCUAAGCCUGGAGGAGGACCACCAGGACAGACCACUACCCCUGGACAAGGACCACCUGGUUCAUCUGCUAAGCCUGGAGGAGGACCACCAGGACAGACCACUACCCCUGGGCAAGGACCACCUGGUACAUCUGCUCAGCCUGGAGGAGGACCACCUGGUACAUCAGCUAAGCCUGGAGGAGGACCACCUGGUACAUCUGCUAAGCCUGGAGGAGGACCACCAGGACAGACCACUACCCCUGGACAAGGACCACCUGGUUCAUCUGCUAAGCCUGGAGGAGGACCACCAGGACAGACCACUACCCCUGGGCAAGGACCACCUGGUACAUCUGCUCAGCCUGGAGGAGGACCACCUGGUACAUCAGCUAAGCCUGGAGGAGGACCACCUGGUACAUCUGCUAAGCCUGGAGGAGGACCACCAGGACAGACCACUACCCCUGGACAAGGACCACCUGGUACAUCUGCUAAGCCUGGAGGAGGACCACCAGGACAGACCACUACCCCUGGACAAGGACCACCUGGUACAUCUGCUAAGCCUGGAGGAGGACCACCAGGACAGACCACUACCCCUGGACAAGGACCACCUGGUACAUCAGCUAAGCCCGGAGGAGGACCACCAGGACAGACUACUACCCCUGGACAAGGACCACCUGGUACAUCAGCUAAGCCUGGACAAGGACCACCUGGUACAUCUGCUAAGCCUGGAGGAGGACCACCAGGACAGACCACUACCCCUGGACAAGGACCACCUGGUACAUCUGCCAAGCCUGGAGGAGGACCACCAGGCACAUCUGCUAAGCCUGGAGGAGGACCACCAGGACAGACCACUACCCCUGGACAAGGACCACCUGGUACAUCAGCCAAGCCUGGAGGAGGACAACCUGGUACAUCAGCUAAGCCCGGAGGAGGACCACCAGGACAGACCACUACCCCUGGACAAGGACCACCAGGUACAUCAGCCAAGCCUGGAGGAGGACCACCUGGUACAUCUGCCAAGCCUGGAGGAGGACCACCUGGUACAUCUGCCAAGCCUGGAGGAGGACCACCAGGGCAGACCACUACCCCUGGACAAGGACCACCUGGUACAUCUGCUAAGCCUGGAGGGGGACCACCAGGACAGACCACUACCCCUGGACAAGGACCACCUGGUACAUCUGCUAAGCCUGGACAAGGACCACCUGGUACAUCUGCUAAGCCUGGACAAGGACCACCUGGUACAUCUGCUAAGCCUGGAGGAGGACCACCAGGACAGACCACUACCCCUGGACAAGGACCACCUGGUACAUCUGCCAAGCCUGGAGGAGGACCACCUGGUACAUCUGCUAAGCCUGGAGGAGGACCACCAGGACAGACCACUACCCCUGGACAAGGACCACCUGGUACAUCUGCUAAGCCUGGAGGAGGACCACCUGGUACAUCUGCUAAGCCUGGAGGAGGACCACCAGGACAGACCACUACCCCUGGACAAGGACCACCUGGUACAUCUGCUAAGCCUGGAGGAGGACCACCAGGACAGACCACUACCCCUGGACAAGGACCACCUGGUACAUCUGCCAAGCCUGGAGGAGGACCACCUGGUACAUCUGCUAAGCCUGGAGGAGGACCACCAGGACAGACCACUACCCCUGGACAAGGACCACCUGGUACAUCUGCUAAGCCUGGAGGAGGACCACCAGGACAGACCACUACCCCUGGACAAGGACCACCUGGUACAUCUGCUAAGCCUGGAGGAGGACCACCAGGACAGACCACUACCCCUGGACAAGGACCACCUGGUACAUCUGCCAAGCCUGGAGGAGGACCACCUGGUACAUCUGCUAAGCCUGGAGGAGGACCACCAGGACAGACCACUACCCCUGGACAAGGACCACCUGGUACAUCUGCCAAGCCUGGAGGAGGACCACCUGGUACAUCUUCUAAGCCUGGAGGAGGACCACCAGGACAGACCACUACCCCGGGACAAGGACCACCUGGUACAUCAGCUAAGCCUGGAGGAGGACCACCUGCCUGGAGGAGGACCACCGGGCACAUCAGCUAAGCCUGGAGGAGGACCACCAGGACAGACCACUUCCCCGGGACAAGGACCACCUGGUACAUCUGCUAAGCCUGGAGGAGGACCACCAGGACAGACCACUACCCCUGGACAAGGACCACCUGGUACAUCUGCUAAGCCUGGAGGAGGACCACCCGGUACAUCUGCUAAGCCUGGAGGAGGACCACCAGGACAGACCACUACCCCUGGACAAGGACCACCAGGUACAUCUGCUAAGCCUGGAGGAGGACCACCAGGACAGAAUACUACCCCUGGAAAAGGAACAACUCUUCAGACUGGUAUGCCCGGACAAUCAACAACUGGUCUGCCCACUUCACCAUCACAGUUCACAACAGUCCUUCCUGGCCAAACAACAAUCGUCACCCCUGGACAAUCAACAAUUGUUAUACCUGGAUCAUCAACAACUGGUCAACCAUCAGUUACAACAAGUGGGAUGGGGCCUUUUGUUCCGGGGCCCUGCAUGGAAUGUUAUUGUGGUCCACAUGUUGAUCCAGAUAAUGGGCUGCGCAUCAUUGAAUGCAAGCCGAUCGUUUGCAAUAAGACCUGCGAACCGGGUCACGAAUAUGAGGAAGAGCCUGAGAAAUGUUGCGGGAAAUGUGUCCAGAAGGACUGUGUUGUUGAAAUAGAAGGCAAACAAAUUGUUCUUCCACCUGGCGAAGUGUAUGAAGUUCCUGGAAAGUGCAAACACUACGUUUGCAAGAAUGAUACUGGAAAACCUCAUAUUAUGGAGAUGGACAUUGUUUGUCCUAAAUUUGUUCCCCACGAAUGUGAACCUGGUACUGAGACAUAUGACUCCACGGGAUGCUGCAAAACAUGUAAGCUGCGAGAGGUCUGUGAAGUCCUCAGUAAGAUGGAAAACAUCACUGUAGACAACUGCAAGAGCAAAGGACCCGUCAACUUGACAUACUGUGCCGGACACUGUGGGAGCACGUCCAUGUAUUCUGCUGCAGCUAACGGGAUGGUACACGAGUGUAAGUGCUGCCAGGAAAACAAAACCAGUGAGAGAAAAGUGAAGCUCCAAUGCGCCGAUGGCUCAACCAGGGAGCACUCGUGCACCAUCGUGGAGAGCUGUAUGUGCUUCAGAGCAGAGUGCGUGGGUGGAACGACGAUGGUUCCAUUGAAGCGCCGCAGGAGACGCUGAUCGUUCGCACACUGCUUCGACCGGCCUGAACCCUCAACAAUACAACCUUUGACCCUGUUCU